AUGGCCUCACAACUUCUUCCCCUUGAGCUUAUCGACAAGUGCGUUGGCUCUCGCAUCUGGGUGGUCAUGAAGGGCGACAAGGAGUUCUCCGGGACCUUGCUCGGGUUUUACGACUACGUCAACAUGGUGCUGGAAGAUGUGACUGAAUUCGACUACACUGGCGCUCAAAUCAAGUUGCCCAAGCUUCUGCUGAAUGGAAACAACAUCUGCAUGUUGAUCCCUGGUGGUGAAGGGCCCGGCAGCGUCUGA